AUGGAGCACGAUGGAUUUAUGUACGUCAAUAAUGGCCUCAAAAAUGGAAUCACUUAUUUUAAAUGUAACAAAGCGCAAUCUCAUUUUUGUAUGGGAUCAAUUAAAAAAUCAAUAGAUGGAACUAUAACUAUUGUAAAAAGACAUAAUGGUCAUGCAAGAGAACCAGACAACACAAUUGUUGUAAAUAACUUUCGAAAUGUAUUAAAACAUCGGGCAGCAACAGAAAAUGCGUAG